UCGACUUCCCUCCUUUCUCUAAUUCACAGAGAGGCCUUUCUUUUCUCUCUCGUUUCGAUCCGUUCGCGCGGAAGCAUAACUCGGAUCCUGACUCGUUCGACCAGCCCGAGUCACCAACUCAUGGCGCGGGCAUCAAUUCACCUCAUCUCCACCCUCUCCCUAAUCCUACACCUUGCGCAGCUCGGUCCUUGUGUCGUUGCCAGCGACGCCGCGCUCCUCCGAAAUCGCCACCAUGCCUCUCGUCCUGCCAUGGUUCUUCCCUUGUAUCUCUCCGCUCCCAAUUCCUCCACGUCAGCGCUCGAUCCCCGUCGUCAACUCCAGGGAUCCGAGUCCAAACGCCACCCUAACGCUCGCAUGAGACUCCAUGACGAUCUCCUUCUCAACGGGUACUACACAACGCGGCUUUGGAUCGGUACUCCUCCUCAGAUGUUUGCUCUUAUUGUUGACACAGGGAGUACUGUUACGUAUGUUCCGUGCUCCACUUGCGAACAGUGUGGUAGCCACCAGGAUCCAAAGUUCCAGCCAGACUUGUCUAGCACCUAUCAACCUGUUAAAUGCACAAUUGAUUGCAACUGUGACAAUGAUAGAAUGCAGUGUGUGUAUGAGAGACAGUAUGCUGAAAUGAGUACUAGCAGUGGUGUCCUUGGUGAGGAUGUCGUAUCCUUUGGAAAUCAGAGUGAGCUUACCCCACAGCGAGCAGUUUUUGGCUGUGAAAAUGUUGAGACUGGUGAUCUUUAUAGUCAGCAUGCUGAUGGCAUCAUGGGUUUGGGCCGUGGAGAUCUAAGUAUCAUGGAUCAACUGGUUGAAAAAAAUGUAAUAAGUGAUUCAUUCUCCCUAUGCUAUGGUGGAAUGGAUGUUGGUGGGGGUGCAAUGGUUCUUGGUGGCAUAUCUCCCCCAUCAGACAUGGUAUUUGCACAUUCAGACCCUGUGCGCAGCCCAUAUUACAAUAUCAAUUUGAAGGAGAUACGUGUUGCGGGGAAGCGACUGCCUCUAAACCCAAAGGUUUUUGAUGGGAAACAUGGAACUGUCUUGGAUAGUGGUACAACUUAUGCAUACCUACCAGAAGCAGCUUUUGUUGCAUUUAAAGAUGCCAUUGUGAAGGAACUUCAAUCUUUCAAGCAAAUCGGUGGUCCAGAUUCAAAUUAUAAUGAUAUAUGUUUUUCUGGUGCUGGAAUUGAUGUCUCUCAACUCUUAGAAAGCUUUCCAGUUGUUGACAUGGUAUUUGGGAAUGGUCACAAGUACUCACUGUCACCUGAAAAUUACAUGUUCCGGCAUUCAAAAGUGAGAGGUGCAUACUGUCUUGGGAUUUUCCAAAAUGGAAAGGAUCCGACUACUCUUUUAGGAGGUAUCAUUGUCAGAAACACUCUUGUAAUGUAUGACCGUGAGCGAUCAAAAAUUGGUUUCUGGAAAACAAACUGUGCUGAGUUAUGGGAAAGACUACAUAUAUCUGAUGCCCCACCACCAAUACCUACAAAUUCAGAAGUAAGAAAUUCAACCAAAGCAUUAGAGCCUGCGGUUGCUCCAUCUGCAUCUCAGCAUAAUGUACCUCCAGGUGAACUCCAAAUUGCUGAAAUAAUAAUUGUAAUUUCAUUUAACAUCAGCUCGGCUGAAAUGAAGCCUCACAUUACAGAAUUGACUGGACUCAUAGCUCAUGAGUUAGGUGUUAAUACUUCCCAGGUUCACUUACUGAAUUUUACUUCGCAUGGAAAUGAUUCCCUCUCUAGAUGGGCCAUAACCUCGAGGCCAUAUGCUGAUUACAUUUCUAACACAACUGCAAUGGGUAUAAUUGCCCGGCUUGCUGAACAUCGCAUGCAACUUCCUGGCACCUUUGGAAGUUAUAAGUUGAUCGAUUGGAAUGUUGAGCCUCCAUCAAAACGGAAUUGGUGGCAGCAAUAUUACUUGGUUGUGAGUUUAGGUGUUUUGCUCACAUUGCUUCUAGGAUUAUCAAUAUUAGGAAUAUUCUUAAUUUGGAAAAAAAGACAGCAAAGCUUGCAUUCGUACAAGCCAGUGGAUGUGGUUGUUCCCGAGCAAGAACUUCAGCCAUUAUGAGCUAAGUUUAUGCUACUGCUGCUUAAUAUCUUACUUGAUUAGUAUCAGUAGCAUAUUCAACUACUAUCGAGCAAUUUAUGCAGACCAUAGUCACUCAACUGAUCAAGUUUUUUGUUUCAAGGAAAUCGCUGUCCACAAUAUCCAGUGAUCAUUGAACCUUGAUAGAGGUACAUGAAGAAUUCUAUAGGUAUCACAUCAUCUGUGAACUCAAUUUUGUUUGUGAAUAUUGUAAUAUACAGGUGAAUCAAAGGAUGGCAGCAUAAGGUUGACAUACAAUUUCAUAUAUUGUAAUUGCAGUUUUUACAUUUCGUUCCAGCUGUUGCUUAUCACUGAUUUAUGUUAAUUUCUUUGUUUCUAUUUUUGUCACUAGGGAUUAUGGUCUAAGAAAUUAUUCAAUCUUAAUU